GGAAGCAACCAGCAACCAAGCACCAUCGAAUAGGACGAUAACCGAGUGCCGGAAACAGUUAGUAAGAGUCUAAGGGAAGAGGUUAGCAUUUGUAAGUUAAAGUUUCAGAACCGAUUCAAAAACGGUAAACGCACCUACCAAAAACUGCUGAUAAUUUUUUAUUGCUCCUAACAAUAAUCCUAAAAAGAUAAGGCCACGCUGUUGGACUUGCGCUAUCCUGGCUAAAGAAUCGCGUCAUGACUCAAAGAAAGCGUGUGUGACGAAGUGACAGUGUAAUUUGAAUGGGAUGAUUGUCCCAGUAUAGGUUUCUUUUCGAUCGUGUUCGGUUCUCUUUCCCGAACCCUUUUCCCGAACCCUUUUCCCGUACCUUUCCCGAAGUUCCUUUUCUCAAAAGAACGUAAAAUCAGUGAGAAAAGGAACUUUGCCGUUGUUGAAAGUAACCACCGUCAUUGCCGUUUGAAUUGAUUUGAAAUCAGUGCUAGUGUUAGUCUCAAAGAACAUUAUUUUGACUAGUGGUUUGAUGAUCAAGUCAUUAGCAGUCGUUGUGCCUUAAAAGUUGUGGUGUUUAAGCGUUUCUAACUCCAUUAACUCGCUGCGACAGACAUAUACCAGCUCAGAGUCUCCAGAAUCGCCGGGUAAAGCGAGCAGAGAGUAAGAGUGUGACAGCGAAGAAGCAACAGGAGUAGUCGUCAUCGGUUGCCGCAAUCGCAAAGCAACAGUAAUACCUGUAAGAAGUGUAUCGGCAUCAUGGCUCAGCCAGUCCGCGGUGGCAUCCAAUCCAAUCCGGCAGAACAAAUGCCCUUGGACUCCAAUUCCGGAAUGUCCUCCGUAGAAGAGAUAAAGCUGCAGAGCGUUCACGAAAACUCAAAUGUUGUUACUCAAUCCAAUCCGGCAGAACAAAUGCCCAUGGUCUCCAAUGAUAUGCAGAAUACGAUGGAAGAGGAGCGCGACAGGUGGGAGAAACCAAGUGACACUGCGAGGUGCCUGUGUUUUGAGGUCCUGAGCGUCAUCAACGGCCAGAUGCACAUGGACUGGCCCGUAACGUUCUUUUUAAUGGCAAUAACAAUACAUCGCUUGAAAAUGAACAAAGAAGAAUCGAUCAUCCUGUGGCUAGCAAUCGUGCUACCAUACGCGUUAUUUGCGCCUGUGUUUGGCUAUUUGGGCGAUCGUUACUCGCGGAAAUGGAUCAUGGUGCUGGGUGUGUUGCUCGCGAGCAUGGCCACCCUGCUCAAUACGUUCACGGAUUCGUUCUGGUGGUUCACGACGUUCCGGGUGCUGGCCGGUAUUGGGCAGGCGUCCUUCAGUACCCUAGCACCCACCAUCAUCUCUGACAUGUACAUUGGUAUAAAAAGAUCGUUGAGGCUGAUCAGCUUCCAUAAUGCUCAACCGUUUGGAUGUUUUUUUGGAAUUAUGAUUGCAACAAUCAUUUCCACAACGGAAUCAUGCGUUUGGCUUACUCGGGUGCCACCGGUGCUGGGUGCGAUCGCAGUGGUGCCGAUUAUGAUGAUGCAUGAUCCACGGCGGGGCCAGAGCGAAGGCACACAUCACCUACCGACCACCUCGUACAUUAAGGACCUGAGAGUGAUCAAGCGCAACCGUUCGUUCAUCUGUAGAAGCUGGAAGAGCUAUCCUAUGCCAGCACCGUUGUGCUCGGAAUCAGAAACUUUAUAUACCUUUUUUGUGAACUUCUGCGUGUUCUGUUGGUUCCCCGGACCGUUUUUUGCCAACUGGUUGCAAGCAAAGAACGCAAACGCCAACCCGUACAUUUGUGCGGUAGGUUUGCUCCUAAGCGUGCCGCUGAUAUUUUUCCCGUUUCACUGGAUGGCGGGAAAUGUGCUAGUGUUGUGGUUGCUAGUUUAUUUCAGCGCAGUGGGCAUCAAUUCGACUUUGCCGAACGUAAUGUACAUUCUGCUGAGCGUCGUUGCAGCUACGAGACGCGCCACUGCAGUGGGCUUCCAAAUUUGUAUCUCGCACCUAAUUGGAGUGGUUUUUGGUUUAUAUCUGAAUGUUUGGCAAUUGCUAAAAACAUACGAUUCGCUUCAGUUUGUGAAUGAAACAGUAUCAGAUGAUCCGUACCGCCCAAGCACAGAAUUGAACGAAUCAACACUGUUGUAUAGGCCGAGCUUAACAAACACAACCGCUACCGAAGCAAAUAUGAACGAUGUAAUAAAUUUUGCGAUGCUGCAUUACUCUUUUCAAAGAGUCAUUUGGCUUCCCGGUGUCUUCGUGUUCAUCGGUACUACAUGUUUCCUCGUGACCGCAUGCUACAUCGAUCAGGAUCGGAAACGCGUUAAGGCAGAGGUGUGAGUUAUCGAAAAUUGACACCGUUUACUUUAAUAUACUCCCUGCGAUGCAUUAGUAGUAACUAAGUCAUUUAUCAAAGUAUGUAUUGUUCUGCGACAUUUUAAAUAAAAUGGGUUAAAGUUAAAUUAAGUUAA